CCACUUAUGAAGAUGGUUGGGUCCAUAUGUGAAUGACACCUAUAGGGUGCCUUGAAGCUAAAGCAUGUAUGAGUGUUCUACGGGUAUGGGGUCUUGAUUGACCUACUUCUGAAUCACACGAAGUCUAGAUAGACAGACCACAACAAGUUGAACAACACAGCUCGGGACGAAAGAGACACGAUGGCAGCAAACAGCUACACCGGGACUUGGACGCUGGAUUCGUCGGACAACUUCGACGAAUUCAUGAGGGCCAUAGGUGUUGGCGAAGAGAUGAGAAAGAUCGGCAACGCCGCCAAGCCGACGUUUGAGAUACUGCAGGACAGCGACAGGUUCACCUGGACCACAGUCACGGAGGUGGGGGAGCACACCAACUCCUUCACUAUCGACAAACAGGUGGAGGAGAUAGUCAUGGACGGUACCAAGAAAAUGGUUUUGACUGUAGGUGACGUCAUCUGCACACGGCAGUACAAGAGACAAAAUUGA